AAGUCGGUGCUCUGCCUAAGUCGCAUGUUGGCGCGGGUUUUUAUUCGAAUCUUACGCGUACGGAUCUACGCGUGAAAGUGAUCUCUGAGACCGCCUCGCUAGGUUUUGCGUGCGGUUGAAGAAUCACUCCGACUUAUUAUUUUCUCGAUUGUUCAUCAGUGUCGAUGCCAAUAAUUAUUUGAAAUUUGUUGUUCGAUCAAGUGAUUACCGUUGGUUUUGUGGUUCUAUCGACUAGCAAAAAGUGGUUUGGAUGUAACCAGAUACCUGGAUUGACACAGCAGGAAAUGUGAAUUUGUUCAGGAAACCCGGUCCCAUGGGGCUGUUUUUCGCAGGAAAAUAAAAUUCGUUACGAAAGUGAUGCGAUAGAAGUCUAUUCCUUUGUGGUGAAAUGUGUUUUGAACGUUGACCGACAUCUCAUCGCUGAUUCUGAUCGGGUAGCUGACCUUGCUUGAAUGAUCGGCGAGGUCAACAGAUGUGUAUCAGUGAAAAUCCACGAAGCAAAAUACAAAGCGUGGCCUAAUUCGAAUGGUUAGAAAUAGAAGUGAGCCUUCCAGUAAGAGUGAAUCUCAUAAAUGUGAGAAAGAGGCUAUUUGCAGCGUUAAAAUUACCCGUUACGUAAAGCAGUCUUUGUGUUGUUGAAUACAGUGCCAAGAAGUAGUGUUAGAAAAGUUUCCUCUUUGUUGAAGUCUUUCUUCGUUGCUACAUCGCUUUAUGGAGCUUCAUGCUCUCGAACAGUUGAGAGCCAACAAUAAAUGCAAUAAGCCUUCAAUUGGCAACCACAUUCAUUCAUCGCGAAAUCUAUACAUUGCUGCCAUUACCACCGAACAAGACUAGAAAAGCCUAACGCAAUACCUUCGAUGGUUGUUUAUAAUAAACAAUUACAACCAACCAACAUGCUGUCGUAACAACUCGCUUGCAAUCAACGAAGAAAAAAUAUAAAGCACUAUCUAGUCAUAGGCAAUUCACAUUGGCGACUGAAAUCGAUACCACCCCUCACCACACAGCAAUCAUCCAACCAAAAAUGAGGGUUGGCGAGGAUGAUUUGCCGAGCCUGGAGUACAUUGAAGAUCCUUACAUUCCCAAGCUAGACAACUGUAUAACUCCGUCCUUCGACGUCAUCACCGAGUACAAUGCCGAUGAGUUGGGCGACGAACAGAACUGGCCCGAAGAGACCGAGCUCUACCUGAGGUCACUCACACUGGACCAAAUCCUCGGUGUCUCGUCCGACGAGGAUGUCGAUCCAGAUUUGGAAAUGCAAACAGUGGAAACUGAAUUUAGUCCUCCGUUUCCAUCGGAAGCCGGCAUGAAUGGAACUGCUUCCCAAUCGCCAAACGACGCUAGAACCGGUGUGGGGGUGAUGAGAAGUCUUCUGGCGAACAAGUUGCUCAAAAAUCGUACAAAUAAGUUCAACCUGUUCAGUAAAAAGAGGAUGCGAGACGUGCGGGUAACAUUCAUAGAUUUUUCGAAACCGUACUUGGCGCGGAUAUCCAGCGGUGAUAACUACAAGAGUUUCCUGAACAUUGGGAGUGCCGUAGACAAUUCUGGAAAAUUGUCCGACGCAUCUCCCGUCGGUUCGGUGAGCUCGGCCGAAAUUGCUCAUGAAUUUUCUGGCCUGACCCUCGAAGAGCAGGAGGCGCAGCGCGCUGAAUGGAGCCAGGAAUUGGCACGUGUCGAGGAAGAAAUCACCACCUUGCGGACUGUGCUGCAGUCCAAGAUUCGACAUUCAAGCGAACUGAAGCGCAAGCUGGGCAUCACCGUGUGGAAGGAAAUCACUGACGAUGUUAGCCAAGGCCUCAAGAAUGUCAAGGAGAGCAACGUUUAUCAAACGGUCGAGACCAAAGUUGGGGAAAUCACGACAGCAGUCACCAGUGCCCCAAUGAUAGCAAAGGGUUAUCAAAAAACUGAAACGGCCCUCAAGACAACGGCCGGUAAGACUACAUCCGUCCUCGGUGGAAUCACCAGCAAGAUGACGCAGAAGAUAUCCGAGAUGAAACAAUCGGAUUCCUUCCGAUCAUUUGAAGAAAGGGUUGGAUCGGCCUACGAGAACGUCAAGUCUAAAGUAUCCUCGCGAUCAAGCUCCGUGCAAAGCUUGUCAGAUUUACAGAACGAUGAACGUCGUAACUCGGUAACGACUCCCACAGCAAUUCCGGAAGAGAAAACCGAUCCUUAAUCACUUAUUUGUCGGGAACAAACACAGCUGUAGUAACAGCGGUAAGUACAGAUCGGAAAACACUAGAGAGCAUUUUUCACGUUUUUGGCUACAGAUUUGUGAGGUAUCACUGGAGAAAACCUAGACAGGUUAUUGCAAUUUAUAUGUUGUUCUUAGGGCACUCUAAAGUAACAUUAAGAAAAAAAAAAAGCUAUACGACAAAAAACAUGAUAUUUUCUCACAUGCAAGGCUUUGGAUGUACACCCUGGACGUGGAAACAAGAAUGACUACCAAUUGAGGUGCAAAGUGAACAACCAUAACUCGAGAGUAAAAUUAGAUCCUCUUUGUUCUACACCGCCACCUCGUUGGCUAAUUAACUUUAGUUUAUGAUAUCACACGAGUUCGUUAGGCAGCGUAGAGCCGACGCCACUUUAUUUUUCUUAUCUUAAAUAUAAAACAACACAAUAAAAAGUCUACUGAAUGUGCCUAAAUGUAGUGUUUUUCCAUCGUGGAACUCAUGAAUAGCGUUUUUGAUGAAUUUUCAUAACUUCUAUCUCUGAAAGGGUGCGCUCUACCUACACACGUGUGUGUACUUAAACAUAAUGUGUUAUUCCUGACAAUUCAAAUGGCCAACAAAUUCGUCGCUUUUCUUUCGGUAUUCUUUGCCCAUCUAAUAAGAGCCUACAAAAAUCAUAUAAGCGAACUAUAUUUUUCUUUAAACCUACAUCAAUAAGACUAUAAUAUUUAAAUCUAUUUAGACUAAACUAAACAUAUACCUUACUUUGAAAGUAGUGGAAGGUAUUACUUUGUGAGAAGGAAACGAUAGUAUGUGCUCAUAACGGCUGGAGAAGGCAAGAAUUGUGCAUUGCAUUAAUACAUUCUAUAAAAUGAUA